AAAGAAGAGCAAUGAUUUGAUGACAGCGCGAGAAAAAAAGCUAUGUUUUGACAAUGAUGAAUGUUAACGAUUUGAACCGCAGAUAUGAGCAAAAUUCACCAAAAUCAAGCCCUCGAGGGGGCUCAAGAUCACCUGCAGUUCAAAGACAAGAUACCACUGGAACCCUAAGAACAACAAUUAGCUUGGGAAAGAUCCCUGCUGUAAUUCACACAGGUCCAUUUUACCUGAUGAAAGAACCACCAGAUGAGACUGAAUUAACAGGCAGCACAAAUCUGAUGUCAUACAAUGGCCUCGAACACUCCUACAACAAAUUCUCAGGAAAGAAAGUCAAGGAGGAACUGAGUGCCUUCCUUCCAAAUCUUCCUGGAAAUAUUGAUACCCCAGGCAUCCAGGAUAACAGUUCCUUGCGGUCAUUGAUUGAGAAGCCACCUAUCACAGGCAAGGAGAUUCUACCCAUCACCGGCGCUGCCCUGACCGGUUUCCGGCUUCAUCCAGGACCACUGCCAGAACAGUAUCGUUUAAUGACACAAGUUCCACAGAAGAAGAAAAAGCACAAAAAGCAGAAGAAGGAACCUGGUAAGGAGGGGCCGCUGCAGGAAAACCAAGACAAUGCGAGUGAUUCAUACGAGAGAAAACACAAGAAACAAAAACGAACUGACGAGGAGAGGGAGAAGCGGAAAAAGAAAAAAGAAAAGAAGAAGAAAAAGAAACACAGCCCAGAUCACACAAGUUCUGCACAGCAAGAUACUGCAGCCAAGACAGCAUCAUGAGAGGUUCAAACUGAGAAAAACAAGCAAUACCAGAUCUUGUGUUCAUUCGUGUGGAAGGUCAACCAAAGAGAAUUACAUCAUACAUGAAACAGCAGUGACUGCGCUUCAGACUGUGCAUUUUGAAAUUACCCAGGCAACGGGUUGAUAAAAAAUAAUGAUGACGAUAACCUCAUGAGGUUGUUUUUUGUGGAAAAUCACACGAGUGGUUGUCUUGGCCGCCGGAAACCCACUUGACCGCUCCCACUCAAAAGCAGAUGAGUGUCAUUUUCUGUUUAUCAGAGGCCACUAUUAUUUACUGGUAGUUUGAUACGCAUUAUUUAACUGGAAUCCUUGCAAAUUUCAUUCCAUUCUACGUAAUGGCGGGCGGUUGUGCCAGCAUGCAAGAUUGGACGAGGUUAUACGAGAUUUCCAAUGGUUACGCAUUGGUGAACCUGUAUCCAUGUUUGAGAAUCUUGUCUUCAACAUUUGCACAUGUCAUUAUAGUUAAGUACUUGUACAUAUCAUAUUUUAGUUGUAUAUUGUGUGUGUAUAUAAAUACCUAAAGUAUUGUUGAAA